AACUACUACUAUGACAAAAACUACGACGACAAGGACUACUAUGGCAAGGACUACUACGGCCGUGGCAAGGACUACUACGGCCGUGGCGACGACUACUACGGCAAGGACGUCUACAGCUACGGCAAGGACGACUACGACUACGGCUACGGCUACUACCCCGGAUACUCGUUCGGAGGCGGCUAUGGAUACGGAUACUACCCGGACUACUACUCGUCCUACGGCGGCGACUACAGCUUCGGCUACGGCUACGGAUUCCCCGGCAACUACGGCUACGCUGGCUAUGGCUACGGCUAUGGGUACCCUGGUUUUGGCUUCGGCUUUGAGUCCGCACCGACGGGUGGCGACUCUGGGCAGCAGGAGACUGGAGGUGCGAGUCCUGUCACCACCACGGAAGACGUUGCCUCCAAGUCGGCGGAGAAGGACAGCAAGACGCCGUCCAAGGGAUCCGCCAAGUCCGGCGCUGCGGACAAGUCCAAGGGCAAGGGCAAGUAA